AUGGCAAAUGGACGGCGGGUAGACCACAACAUCGAUCUCGUGAUCGAGGAUUGGAAGCACUAUGGAGUUGGUGACAACAUCUGGAGCGAGAAGGUGGGUCCUCUCGACGGGUUCCACUCUCAACUGCGAGUUUAUCCAUUUGGGAGAUCCUUUGAAGACGAGCAUGCAAACGCAUACAUCUAUGUCUUCUGUGGGUCUGGCGCCUCCGAGUGGUCCUGCGAACAAGUGGACUUUGACAUCAUCUGCUGGGAUGUGCAGUCGCUUCCUCGUGGGAUGGUGGUGGCCUCCGGUCCGGAAGACUUUAGCCAGGAAUCUGACAACUGGGGCAACGACUUCUGCCCCAACCCGGAUGCGCAAGACCUGCGCUUCCGCGCAAGGAUCAGCCUUCCGAGUCCCCCUGAGACGAUGCCGGCAGGUCUUUGCGACAUAGACCUUUCACAGAGGCUGACGCAAGUGGCUUUCCGCUUCUCCACAGGCCCCUGCCUUUUUGCAGACAAGAGGGUGCUCGUGGCCAGGUCCCAGUACUUCAAGCAGAUGUUUGCGGAAGCCAACUGGGUUGAAGGUCGCACGAACGAGGUCGACUGCCAAAGCGACCCAACGAUGGACCGGCGCUCUGUCCAUGCUUUGCUCCUCUUCCUGAUGUCCAACAGAGUCAUGCCCCCCGAGGAUCCCGAGGACUACGACUACUACUUUGCUCUGCGAAGGCUGGCAGACCGUUGCCUUGUGAAGACUUUGGUGAUCGUGCAGUUUUUUGCCCCUUAG